UUUCCCAUCCCGCCCUGCGAGCAAGAACCCCACGAUCAAGCCCAUCGAUCACCCGUCGAACCACUAAUUCCAGUUAAACAUGGGCAACUGCCUCAACAGACCGCGUGGCCGAGGCGCCGCCCCCGCCGCGCAUUACGCCAUGAAGGGCGCGGUGGAGGAGGAAGAGGUCGAAAAAUCGCCUGCGCCGGUGAAGGAGGUGAAGAUCAGGAUCACCAAGAAGCAGCUGGAGGACCUUCUGCGGCGGCUCGAGCAGGAGGACGGUGGCAAAGGCGGCGCCGCCGUCGUCUCCGAGCUCCUCUGCAUGACGAGCAGCUGCAACUUCCGGCACAGAGGCCAGGCCGGGCAGUGGGCGCCUGCGCUGCAGACCAUACCGGAGUGAAAACCUAUCCAUGGUACACUUACCCUGCUGCUAUGUGCUAGCUAUACAGUAGUAGUAUUUGUGCAGUCGCCAUGCUAUUGUCGGGUCUGUUUUGGAACGCGGAAAAUCUUUAGAAUUUUCGUACAGAUUGCACUCCAGAUAGGUCCGAGGAUAGCUGAGCUUGAGAUAACCUAUGUAACUGAAGCAAAUAAACCCGAUGUUCAUUUUGAUUAGUAGUAAGGUGAGAUGUAGACAUAGGCAUAAUGUACAGUGGAUGUAAAUGUACGAUUGGUAGCUGGGAAGCCUCUCUAGGAUGGCUCCUUCCAUUGCUUAUGUUUGGUUUUGCACACUGAACUUGUACAUACACCACACCGUGUAUUGGGUAUUAUUGGCCUUCUAGCAGUACUGGUUAAUUCAGAUCUUAAUUUAGCA